GGGGUACGAAGAUGAUAUGGUGAAUGUGUACUCUCAAUCUGAUGAUACAACAAUAUCUUGAGAAGAGAAAACAUUUGAAGUCCUUGUUUGAGGAGGACCUAUCCUGUUUCAAAGAAUGUCAGUCUCACCAUCCUUUCGCCAAGGAUCAGUCCCCUCCCUUAGGCAAUGAGGACCAGUCCCCUCCAAUGGGCAUUGAGGACCAGUCCCCUCCCAUUGGCACUGAGGACCAGUCCCCUCCAACAGGCACUGAUCAUGAGGACCAGUCUCCUCCAACAGGCACUGAGGACCAGUUUCCUACCACAGGCACUGAGCACCAGUCCCCUCAAACAGGCACUGAGGACCAGUCUCAUCCAACAGGCACUGGGGACCAGUCCCCUCCAACAGGCACUGAGGACCAGUCUCAUCCAACAGGCACUGAGGACCAGUUUCCUACCACAGGCACUGAGGACCAGUCACCUCCCAUUGGCAAUGAGGACCAGUUUCCUCCAACAGGCACUGGGGACCAGUCUCCUCCAACAGGCAAUGAGGACCAGUCUCCUCCAACAGGCACUGAGGACCAGUCUCCUCCAACAGGCAAUGAGGACCAGUCUCCUCCAACAGGCACUGAGGACCAGUCUCCUCCCACAGGCAAUGAGGACCAGUCUCCUCCAACAGGCACUGAGGACCAGUCUCCUCCAACAGGCACUGAGGACCAGUCUCCUCCAACAGGCAUUGAGGACCAGUCUCAUCCAACAGGCACUGAGGACCAGUCACCUCCCACAGGCACUGAGGACCAGUCUCCUCCAACAGGCACUGAUCAUGAGGACCAGUCUCCUCCAACAGGCACUGAGGACAAGUCCCCUCCCAUUGGCACUGAGGACCAGUUGCCUACCACAGGCACUGAGGACCAGUCUCCUCCAACAGGCACUGAGGACCAGUCCCCUCCCAUUGGCACUGAGGACCAGUCCCCUACCAUAAUUUUGACUUUUGGACUGAACCAAUCACAACAGGAAGAUGUCAAAAAUGCGUGCCGAAAGUUUGGUUGGGGAUUUUCUCAUUCCUUUCACCCAAAAAUCACCCAUCUUGUCAUGAAAACAGAACCUGAAGAAUGCAGAAUGUGUGACAGAAGUCUGAAAUUUUUACAAGCAAUUGCACACCAUGUUUUUAUUGUAAAUCUCCAAUGGAUAAGAGAUUCAGGAAGUAAAGGAAUUCGCCAAUCAGAGAAAAACUACGAGGUUAUUGGUGAUACUGGCACCAUUGAGAUGCAUAAUGGGCCCUAUCUAUCACGGACAAAGUCUAGUCUGCUACUAAAAGGUUUCAAUAUCCACCUCAUUGGACAGGCUGAAGAUCUAACAAAAGGUAAGGAUAAAGAUAUUAGUAAAAAUGAAUUGGGCUCAGUAUUCAUAUUAUAAUCUUUGAGUACAUUUAACAGUAUGUAGUGUGAUAAAAUGACUAUGAUUUGUACUAGUUUUUAGGUCCUCCACUGUUAGAUAAAAUUUUUCAUUUACAACCUGACCAUAAAUGCUGUUGAAGAGAU